CUGUUUCGUCUUGACGAUGCCUGCCUCUUCAUUCCCAUUGCUUUCCAUCUGCGCUACGUCUACCCUGUAUCCCUGUCUCUCUGUUGUGUCCCCAUCCAAAUCUCCGGCCCGCAGCGCUCCGCAAGGCUGCACCGAGCGUACCUUGACUGAGGCGUCGAGGCUCUUCCAGAAGCCCUGAGACCAACAUCAAUCCUGAUGAGUCGGAGCGUCUGAAAAUCGCCAGGCAAACGGGUUGCAUGCAGUCACUCAUCUAUCGUCACGAUCCAAUAAGGGAUUUCCUGGGCGGAACCGGAGAGCGUCACCCGCGCUGUACGCCGUACCCGCACUUCUGGAUGCAUUUGGAACCUUCUUCCAGCUUCGCUUUUUCUCCGUUAAUCUCUUCGGUGACGUAUGCUGCCUUUCUAGUCGUCCAUUGCAUAGUUCUGGUCCUGCACUCGUACCCAAGUGUCACCACCUUGACCGCAGCCCUGGAGCAACCCUGGUCAUGCGUCUUCCGCUUUCACACGGCCCUCACGCGUGCGUCUCUCAAGCGUUCUACGCUGUGGAGAAGCGCACCACCCGCUUUGAUAUGCCAAGUGCUUGGCCCUAAGGCAAGAAGAGCAGUGCGCAGACCCAUGUCACGGGAUCAUUAUCGCAGCCGCCAGAUGAGUCGCAUGCAUCCGGAGAUCCGGAAUCGCGAUUGACACAGGGCAAGGCGAUUCGCCGCGUGGCGCGUGGCACUUUACACCAGCAUCUGGCUUAGACAAUCCAGAAGUCGGGAGGCCGAGAGAUUCCGGAUGCGGAUGCUGGAAUAAUAUCGGACACGAAGUGGUCGUGCCCAAUCAUUAUAUGAUUUAAAUUAACCCCAUAUUUCAGAAAAUCAACGACCAAGUUUCUGC